GUCGUGCCCCGAGGCUCCAGGCGGUGGCAGAGGCGGAGCAGGCGGGCUGGUUGCUAAGACUUGGUGAAGCGCAGCGCUUCCGCCUGUCUCAGGUGGCUGCAGGCUUCCACUCCCACCCUGUCUUCACAGCGAAAAUGUCAGGAAAGGAGAACAACUUCCCCCCAUUGCCUAAGUUCAUCCCCCUGAAGCCCUGCUUCUACCAGAACUUCUCUGACGAAAUCCCCAUUGAGCACCAGGUCCUGGUGAAGAGGAUCUACCGCCUGUGGCUGUUCUACUGUGCCACCCUGGGCGUCAACCUCGUUGCCUGCCUGGCCUGGUGGAUUGCGGGUGGCUCAGGCGCUAACUUUGGCCUGGCUCUGCUCUGGCUGCUCCUCUUCUCGCCCUGCGGCUACGUGUGCUGGUUCCGGCCCGCCUACAAGGCCUUCCGAUCCGACAGCUCCUUCAACUUCAUGGCGUUUUUCUUCAUCUUCGGAGCCCAGUUCAUCUUGACCGUCAUCCAGGCCGUCGGGUUCUCGGGAUGGGGCGCGUGUGGUUGGCUGGCAGCCAUUGGCUUCUUCCAGACCAGCGUCGGGGCUGCUGUGGUCAUGCUGCUCCCAGCUAUCAUGUUCUCCAUGUCGGCUGCCAUGAUGGCUAUCAUGAUCAUGAAGGUGCACAGCAUCUACCGAGGGGCUGGUGGGAGCUUCCAGAAGGCGCAGACGGAGUGGAGCACGGGCACCUGGAGGAACCCGCCGUCCAGGGAGGCCCAGUUCAACAACUUCUCGGGGAACAGCCUGCCCGAGUACCCCACCGUGCCCAGUUACCCGGCCAGUGGUGGCCAGUGGCCUUAGGGGGAGCCAGCAGCCCUGCUGCCCACCUGCCGCCAGCCCACCUGCCCCUCACCGUCCACUCCCACCACCUUGGGUUUGGUGAGGCCCCCCUGCAGCUCAGAGGGCAGCUCAGGGGCUCUCGGCGACCCGAACCCACAUUCAUCUCAUUCUUGAGGCAGGUCUCCUCAGCAGCUCUGCCCAGAAGCUGUCUGGUCACUGCCAUCUGGCAGGACACCCCCCCAUAGUCUGGAGCACCGUUUGUCAUGGUGACGUCCACUGUGCUGCAGCCACACCCUCUCCCUCCCGGUCGCAGGGGGCUGACCAGGCCGCCCCUCUCAGAACUGAUGACAUGGAGAAGGGCCCAGCCCAGGUCCACCCCUCACAGCCUCUGUCCAGGCAGUCGCUCCUGGCCCAGUGACUUGAAGAGGGAGGCUGUCCAGGCACCAGGGUUCUGUGUCUGGUAGGAGGCUGAGGGCCUGGGUGGUGGCUGGUCCUCUAGUGGGCAAGCCCACAGGGAGGCCCAGAGGCUGAUUCACCUCCUGUCUCAUGAUAGGAACUACUGCUCCCCUUCUGUCUGUCUGUUGUCCUUUGGCAGCUUGCCUCCAGCCUCCCUGUCUGGGGCCAUGCUUGUCCCAUGGAGGGGACUCAGAACUGGGACCUUCAGGCAGAGCCUCAUUAGAGCCUGUGGUGGAGGGGGAGGGAGGCGCUAGCCUGCCUCGCUGGAAACAGAUGGCACACAGGUGCAUCUCUUGAGAGUGGAGCCCUUCCCUUGCUGCAGGGCAGGAGCUGGAGUCGCCAACCUGAAGGACAAGAACAAGGGAGACACAAUAAGUCUGUGCCUUACUAGGAAUCUGAAUCCCUGUCCUCUCCUUCCCACAUAAGCAGCUAGCACCUCUGUGAGGGGAAGGGCCAGAGAUGCCUCCCAGUGUCCUCAGCCCUCGUGGGCCAGGCCCCGGGUGCCCUGACACUGCCCCUUGGCUCCCAGCCGCCUGGCUCUCGGGAAAAGCUGUACUUCCUGUCCCACUGGCCGCUGGGUCUCUCCCUGAGGCUGCUCCCUAUGCCUGCUUGCUUGGCUACUCCUGCUGAAUGCCCUGUGGUGCCUGAAAGUGGCCAUGGCUGCGAGAGCACCGGGGUCUGGGGCCCAGAAGGGAAACCAGGUUCCUUCACAUCCCCAAGGCCACCUCCUGUGAUGAGGUCAGCGUCAUGCUCCCGGUGGGGCCAAGCAUCCCCUGUCUGGGGUGCUGCUUUUGAUGGGCGCUGAGCCGAUAGUAGGGCGUGCCCACAGCACCCACCCUGCCCCCGCACCUCACUGUGCAUUGUGGUUUUUGUUACGUGAAAAUAUCCAGGAAAUAAAGACAUCCUUUGUGCAUCA